GGAGCGCUGGUUGGUUCCCAGUCCAGUCUUUGCCACUGGUCCUGAGGCAAGGGUGUGGGUUGCUCUGAACACUGGAAACACGAAGCGCCAUGCUGUGUGAGAACGUUCUGUCAGCCUUCCGAGGGGCUGAGGAGCCCCUCCUGAGCUGCCGAGCAGCCCGGUUCCUCCCUCUCAGGCCUAACUCUCGUCUUCUCUUUCCUUGUCUCCGUGUCUGUCCCUCUCGCUGUCUGUCUGGCUCUCUCCCUCCCCACCUGGGGCUGCAGAACCGCAUGCACGAGUCUCUCAUGCUCUUCGACUCCAUCUGUAACAACAAGUUCUUCAUCGAUACCUCCAUCAUUCUCUUCCUCAACAAGAAAGAUCUCUUUGGUGAGAAGAUCAAGAAGUCACCUCUGACCAUCUGCUUUCCCGAGUACACAGGCCCCAACACCUAUGAAGAUGCCGCCGCCUACAUCCAAGCACAAUUUGAAAGCAAAAACCGCUCACCCAACAAAGAAAUUUAUUGUCACAUGACUUGUGCCACAGACACGAAUAACAUCCAGGUGGUAUUCGACGCCGUCACCGACAUCAUCAUUGCCAACAACCUCCGGGGCUGCGGCUUGUACUGACCUCUUGUCCUGUAUAGCAACCUAUUUGACUGCUUCACGGACUCUUUGCUGUUGACGUUGAUCUCCUGGUAGCAUGACCUUUUGGCCUUUGUAAGACACACAGCCUUUCUGUAUCAAGCCCCUGUCUAACCUACGACCCAGAGUGACUGACGGCUGUGUAUUUCUGUAGAAUGCUGUAGAAUCCGGUUUUAGUUGAGUCUUUACAUUUAGAAUUUGAAAGGAAAAGAACAUUUCUCAUGUGCUUUGUAGUUUAAAAAAAAAAAAAGAUAAAGGAAAACUCA